UUCCAUAAAUUAACAAGCACUUUAUUAUAAAUGAACUCCCUUCCCGACUGGGUUCAUAAGGAGUCAUAAUAUAUGAGUGUAUAUAUAGUUCAUAUAUUCAUUAUGAGUGCUCUCCUCCUGGCCAUCAUGAGGAUCACUCACUGCGGCAUGCUCAUGUCGGUCGCCGUCCCAUAAGACUGCGCCGCUAUGUUUCCUCUCUGGGAUGUUAUGUUGCGUAGUGUGGCAUGAUCGGAUGAUGUUCCCUAUAUAUGUUAAUAAAUGCAAUGUCAAGUGGACUGAGUCAUAAGGGAACGUCUCUGUUACGUACGUAACCUCAGUUCCCUGAGACGAAUGGAACGAGACAUUGCGAACGCUAGCCGCACCACAAGGCUCAGGGUUCUUAAGGCAUGAGUGAUGCGCUCCUUGUUCUCAGUCAGAAGUUCUGAGGAAAUGGUGUCUGUGCACCUGUUUUUAUAGCGGUCAGUUUCGCGCCAAAACAGGCGGGAUUCAAACACCAUAGCCAAUAUUAUAAUAUUGCCGUUAUUGUAGAGAGGUUUCAAAUAGUUUGUGUUUGGAGGCAGUCCUCAUAUGCAUUAAUAAACCCAAUGUCUUGUUCCCUUCAUCUCAGGGAACCGUCAGGGUUAUGUACGUAACCAAGACGUUUUCAAGUAAUUGUUUUGUGUGAUUCGCAUUUGUAAUGUGUAUUUGAAUAACUUCAUAGAUAUAGACAAAAAAGGUGUGUCACAUCAUUGACCCAAUUACAUACGUAAUGUACCAUCAAUACAUUUCUCUCGUAACAGGGCCUGAUAUUUGAAAUUGUAUUACUACAAUGGUGAAAAUCUUCGUGGGGAACCUCUCACCGGACACUACAGCGGAUGAUAUCCGCUCCCUAUUCUCUCAGUAUGGCAAGAUCUCAGAGUGUGACGUAGUGAAAAAUUUCGGCUUUGUGCAUAUGGAUGACAAAGCAGAGGCAGACGAAGCUAUUCGAAAUCUUCACCAUUACAUGCUGAACGGUUUGGCCAUGAACGUGGAGAUGAGCAAAGGGAAACCCAAGACCUCUACAAAACUUCAUGUCGGCAACAUCAGCAGUAACUGCACCAACCAAGAACUUAGGGCCAAGUUUGAGGAGUAUGGUCCUGUGGUUGAGUGUGACAUAGUCAAGGAUUAUGCAUUUGUUCACAUGGAGCGAGUGGAAGAUGCUAUGGAGGCCAUCAGUGGCUUGGACAACACAGCCUUCCAAGGCAAACUGAUGAGCGUGAAGCUUUCAACUAGCCGCCUGCGUACCGCGCCGGGAAUGGGAGAGAGAACGGGUUGUUAUCGGUGCGGGCAGGAAGGCCACUGGUCCAAAGAAUGCCCAUUGGACCAGAACGGCUCCUAUCGACAGGGCCCAGACUCUGCAGGAUAUGGGCCCCUCAGGUUUGGUGGGGUUGGCGAUCGUGGCGGCCGGGGUUUUCAUCGUGGCUUCAGUGGCGAGCCAGGCUGUGGUGGCAACUUCGCAUCCUCACAUGGCUUCUCCAGGGGAGCAGGGUAUGGUGUCCCUGGGUAUGGAAGGGGUGCAGGUUUUGAGAGCGCAAUGAAUUAUGGUAUGCCAGCGGGCUACGGCAUUGGCGCGGAUAAUAGCAUAGCCCCGGCGUAUGGCAGUGAGGCUGCGUAUGGGAGCAUGGGCUAUGGCGGUGCAUUGCCUGCGUACCCAAUACGCAGACCGCCCUAUGAGGAAAGAGAUCCGUAUGGGGUGGUGGACUUCUACGAGAAGUAUCGGGCACGUCCGUAUGGAACCAGUUAUUUUGAAGAUAGACUCGCAGUUCCACCUCCUGUCCCUCCUCCCCCGUCUUCAUCACCGGUCGUGAGAGACCCUUAUGAGCGCUGUCCCCUGCCCCCUCCUCCAGCUCCUGCCUCUUCAUACUAUGCCCGUGACCGGAGCCCGAUCCGGCGAGUUCCUCUUGAGUCAGAGGGAUACGCGUAUGAGCGAUUGCGCCUCUCCCCAGUCUCUUCGCUUCCCAGGAGUUCUGUGUAUGACAUACCGCGGGAUCCAUAUGCCGAGCGGGCGCGCUAUGCUUACUAACCUAAUACCUGUGUACACUAAGGUGAGAUCUUAUUAGUAGUACAUGAGGUGAGAGCAAAGUUUCAUAAACUGAAAGUACGUUGUCAAAUAGCAGUUAGUUAUAGUAAUCAAUACAAUGGAAGUCUAGCGGAAGGAUAGUAAUUAGAAUUUAUUUCUUAUGUCAUAAUUUUUCAUCAAAUGUUCAUCAAUUAUUAUGGUCCAGCUUAAUGUAGAGGAUAUAUAUGUUACAGCCCACAUUUGUUCAUAAAUACUAGCUGUCAGAAAGUUGAUUGACAUUAUAAUUUUCAAAUUAAUCAUACAAGAACUUGUUUACCUAUUAAAGGUCUUACAUCAAUUAAUGUUGGCAACGUAGGAGUAUGGCCACAUGUCAGUCCAAAGAAUUGAUAACUUAAUGAUUAACAGUUUAAUGGUCUCUCCUCUCUGCAGGUGUUUCUUGGUUACUCAUCAUCGAUUGCUUUAGAAGUUGUGAUGCAUUCAGUUUUGGCUGGAUCAAGGAUACAACAAAUGGCCCACCUCUUGGCACUAAAUUACUUUUGUCUUAGCUAAUGCCACAUUGCCCUGUGAUGUUUUUGUUGUUUGUUUGUUUUUUGUUUUUUUUAGGACAAAUACCUGUAAAUAUUAUCCUAAAAGUUAUUUUGUUUCUAGAGAUCAUUGCAAUUGCAUUUAAUAGAAGAAACAGACAUUGCCAGCAGAUGCUUCAGACGCAGUGUCUGUGUGGUCAUUGACAACUUUUGUCUCCUAAGAAGACUUUGCCAGACUCCUCCACUACUCACUACACUAACCAUCGCCCCCCACCCCCCGUCCAAAAACAUAAAUCGAGUUUCAAAGGUAAAGGCCCCAAUAUUACCAAUUAUGUGCAGAUUACGAUGCUAGUGCAAAGCAUUACUGUUCAAUUAAGAUUCCAGCUGUUUGCCCUGUUUUUCAUGUGGUGUACAUGCAUUUUUUUUUAUCUCUGAUUAAUCAUGAAGAAUUGUUAAUCAACCAGCCAUCCUAUAUCAGAUUUGUGAAAAUAUCAUUUGAAAUUGAAAUCAUCCAUGUUUUAAAUGUGCUAAUGAGUGAAAAUAUCUGUUAAAUU